AUGGUCGAGUGCCCACUGUGUCAGAAACAGGUCCACUCUAACAAAAUAAAUGAGCACCUAGACGAUGGUUGUAGCUCUUAUUUGGUAGAGGGAGACGCCAAAGACAAUAUUCCCGCCAGCACUUCCAAACCUCAGAAUGCUUCACACAGUUUCUUUACCCCCGGAGGCGCCCGGAAAGCGUCCAGCUCAACUCCCAGAAGCAAUGCACUCCAAACAGCUACACAGACUGUGAGACGGCCGAAGACACCUCCUGCGAGCGGGAAAUCCUCCGCUGGGCAGUCACAAACCUCUCCAGGUGCAACGAAACGAACUCUCGAAGAUGCAGAGGAUGGGCAGAUCAACGGCGAACCUCCUUCGUCCCCUCCACAACCGAAACGUCCCAAAUUCACAAAGACCGGCGUGCCACUGAAGAACGCACCUCUCGCGGAGCGCAUGCGCCCGUCAUCUUUUGACGAUGUGCAAGGCCAGGAAUUAGUGGACAAGAAUGGAAUAAUUCGGAAGAUGUUGGAAACAAAUUCUCUACAGUCCAUGAUCCUCUGGGGAGAUCCAGGGACAGGAAAGACGACCAUCGCUCGCAUCGUAGCCAGCGCUUCUGGCGCACGAUAUGAAGAGAUCAAUAGCGCAACACACGGACUGCCAGAUAUCAGGAAGAUAUUUCAGCAAGCAGCAGGCGAAGCCCAACUGACCGGUCGGAAGACUGUUCUUUUCUGUGAUGAGAUUCAUCGAUACAAGAAAGACCAGCAAGACAUAUUCCUCGGACCCAUAGAAACCGGGCAGAUCAUUCUCAUUGGCGCCACAACAGAAAAUCCAUCUUUCAAAGUCAAUAACGCCAUACUAUCUCGGUGUCGGACAUUUCAGCUUGCAAAACUGAACCAGAAUGAUAUAGUGAGCAUACUACGGCGAGCCCUCGAGGAAGAGAACUGCACAUCAGCUCUUUUGGAUACCGAUAUGUUGAUGUGCUUCGCUGCCUGUGCCGACGGUGACGCUAGAACAGCAUUGAAUUUCCUCUCACUCGGGAUCAGUCUCGCAGAAGUACCCAAUAUGACUUCAGCAGACAUCAAGAAAGAGAUGGCAAAAACUCUCCUUUAUGAUCGAAAGGGAGACAAACACUACGAUAAUAUUUCCGCUUUGCAUAAAUCGAUUCGCGGAUCAGAUCCACAUGCGGCCAUGUUCUAUCUCAAGCGUAUGCUUAAUUCAGGCGAGGAUCCGCUAUACAUCGGCCGGCGGCUGAUUGUCGUAGCUUCCGAGGAUAUUGGACUCGCCGACAAUACCAUGCUUCCGCUUGCAACAGCAACCUAUUUUGCUUGCCAGCAUGUUGGAAUGCCCGAAUGUCAAAUCAACUUGGCCCACUGUGUUACUGCUUUGAGCUUGAGUCCUAAAUCUACGCGGGCCUAUCGAGCAGCCAUGAAUGUUGAACGGGCUCUCAAGGAGCCUGGGGUCGCAGGGCUGCCCGUACCUAUCCACCUACGGAACGCACCUACUAGAUUGAUGAAAGAGAUGGGAUAUGGGGCAGAAUAUAAAUAUAACCCAGACUAUGUGGAUGGUAGAGUCAACCAAGAAUACCUUCCAGAGGAGCUGAAGGACCGACAAUUUCUGGAAGAUUCCGAUUUUGGAUCUAAAGUGGACGAAGAUCUCGAAGACAUGUUGCUACCUGAAAUCGACGACUGA